AUGUCUAUUAAAGGUCCUGGGGCUGCCUAUGCGCUUGCGUGGUUUCCUGGGAAGCUCCUGGCGAAGGAUAUCAUGACAGUAUAUGAGGAGCGUGAGCAUAUCGAUGUAUUGAUAAGCAGCUUGACAGGCCCCUCCUUUAUGGCACUUGAUUCACGAAAGUGCUCCGGCAGAACGCCGUUCCCGGUCAAAGCAGGGGAUGCCAGAGUUCUGGGAACAAUCAAUGCAUAUAAUUAUCCUGGCGCGGUCACAGCCAUAUUUGAUGCUUUGCUAAGCUCAUCUAGUCUUAGCGCCAUCAUACUUCUCGAAGGUCUUUUAGCGUUGGUUUUUGGUCCUGUGCAUAAGCAUAUGAAAGUGACGCCGUCCGAACAGCUCAAUCAGGUUCAACAACAAACGGUGACCGCGCUGGCGGGGAUGGAUGAUGAGAUGUGGAAAAAGGGAAAUCUAGACAAGUUGAGAUGA